AUGUUGGCGCGCGGGGCACUGCGACCGCUCUCCUGCCAGCGCAGCGGUUUGCGCCAGGGGCGUCAGGGAGCUCUGCCAAGGGCGGUCACCAGCCGGGGCGUCUCUGCAGUGUCCUCGGCGCAGGACGCCGCUGCUGCCCCUGGCCUCCCGCGCCCUCCGGGGGAGAUCCCUGGCCCGAGACGCUGGCCCUUGCUGGGCUCCCUCCCGGCGCUCACGACACGCAAAGACUGGGAUCCCGCGAGAAUCCACUUGGUGUGGGAGCAGCUGACGAAGGAGUACGGGCCCAUAUUUCGCCUGGACGUCCCUGGCCAGGAUCGCCGCGUCUUCAUCUCGGACUCGAAGGACAUCGAGCACCUGAUGAAGGAGACGUCCUACAUGCCCACCAAGCCGUUCUUCGAUGUUAUCGCCGCCGUCAGGAACCACAGCAAGAAUGUGGUCAGGGGUCAGACCGGCCUCCUGUCCGAACAGGGCGAGGAGUGGUGGCGGUUACGGAGACUCACGCAGCCGCCAGCCAUGAAGGUGAAGACGGUCGCGCAUUACCUGCCUGACAUCGACCUCGUGGCCAAGGAGUUCCUCGACAGAUUGCCUGAGGUCCUCGACGAGAACCACGAGAUACCACACGACUUCUUGCAAGAACUCUUCAAGUGGGCCCUCGAGACCUUAGGUCUGACCGCAUUCAGCAGGCGCAUCGGCUGCCUCGGUAACAGUCCUGAGGGAAUGGAGAUCAUAAGGAUCAUCCACUCUCUCCUAAAAGGCAUGCACGCUUGCCAGGUCGAACCCGGGGCCUUGUGGAGGUGGAUCCCAACGCCUGCCUACAAGAAGUUCAAGAGCGUUCACAGUGAGCUGGAGGAGUACACUUUGGCUGCCAUCUCGGACGCUCAGAAGAAGCUCGAGAACAGUGAUUCGGAACACCUGAACUUGCUCGACCAGGUGUUGCUGACUCCAGGGCUCAGCAGAGAAGACGUAUUGGUGUUCAUGAUGGAUUUCCUGAUUGCUGGGAUUGAUAAUGUAUCCACCACCACCGCCUUCACGAUGCUGAACCUGGCGCAGCACCCCGAGAAGCAGGCUAGGAUGCAGGAGGAGCUGGACCAAGUGCUCGGCGACGGGGAGGAGACCAUCACGACGGCGCACCUGAACAGACUGCCCUACACGAAAGGCUGCGUCAGAGAGACUCUCAGACUGAAUCCUGUGUCCAUUGCUCUCCCACGGAAACUUGAUCAUGAUGUUGUGCUCGGUGGAUACUUGGUUCCGAAAGGGUUCGAGGUGUUCGUGCUCCUCAAGCCCGCAGGAACCAGCGCACAAGCCUUCCCGAGGGCGCUGGAGUUUCUGCCGGAGAGGUGGCUGCGCGGCGAGGGAGACAGGAUACACAGCUACGCCUCCCUGCCCUUCGGAAUAGGGACGAGAAUGUGUAUCGGGAAGAGAUUCGCCGAGAUGGAAAUCUACACGCUCUUGGCUAGGUAUGGCAACAUUCCAAGCCUGCACUAUCCCAGUAUCACUUUAUUGCAAACAGAUUGCCAUUUGUCACAGCAUUAUAUAGAGUUCAAAUCAGAUGCAACAAAAAGGGUGAUGCUUAGCAUAUUCAGUCCUCGGUCAAUAGUUCUUUGGCGGUCAUUAGAUAUAUUGAGCGCAGAGGAAACUGACACGGGCGUGAUGUGGGCGGCGGCGUUUGUGAUCUUUGCUUUUCCUGUACUGACGAGCUCCUCUCAUCCCGUGGACGAACUUGUGCUGUUUGAAACGUCUCUACGUGGAUUCAUGGGGCAGCUGACAGGUUUUGUGUCACGUGACCAGCGUAGGACCUGUUAUUCGCACAAAAUGGACACGCGGAUCGAUUCCCUGUGGACAAUGCUGCCCAUUGAGAUUUGA